GAGGUGAAGGCAUUACGGGACCUUGUCCCUGAUAUGGGCCAGCAUGUUUGCACUGCGGAUUCUGUGAUAUGCAUGGGAGGCCACGUGGAAGAGCUCAAGUGUGCAUCCCGCAACAUCAGCCGAUUGCCAGAGUCUUUUGGAGAUUUGCAAUGGUUGAAGAAACUCCAUCUGCAGAGAAACAAAUUGAGAUCCUUGCCGGAGUCGUUCGGCAAGCUUUGGAGUUUGGAGACUCUUUACUUGUAUGACAACAACUUGAGUUCAUUGCCAGAAUCCUUUGGCAGCCUGUCCCAAUUGAAGCGGCUUUAUUUGCAAAACAACCAUCUAGCCUCACUGCCGGAGUCAUUUGGCAGCCUAUCAAGAUUGGAGCAUCUUGCCUUCUUUCAGACAAAAAGGGCUCACUAG